AUGCCCCGAAAAAGUCUCAGUUUGCUACAAGUGUACCAACUGGGCCAUAAGAAAUCUGAAUGCCCGGAACUGGUAGGAAAGAAAGAUGUGAAGGAUACGCAAGCGGAAACCCAGAAAUCAAAGGCUAGAUCUUUUCAUCUGACCGCGGCAGAAGCCAAGAUUGAACCCGAUGUGGUUUCAGGUAUAUUUGCCAUAAACUCUAUUCCCGCACGUAUUUUGUUUGAUAUGGGUGCGAAUAAAUCCUUCGUUUUACAUGGGUUUAUUCAACAUCCUUCAUUUGUAUUAACGAAGUUACCUAUGCCUUUAGAAGUAGAGAUAGGUAAUAAUAAGAGCUUCGUUGUUUGUGAUGUAUGUCGAAAUUUCAAAUUGAGUAUCGAUGAUGAUGAAUACUCAAUAGACUUGAUCCCGAUGUCGAUGGGAGAAAUUCAAGUGGUCAUCGGUAUGGAUUGGGUGUCCCGACAUCACGCGAAGGUCGUAUGCAUCCGUAAGGAGAUAAAACUAACAUCUCCGAGCAGAAAGCAUGUUACUAUUUACGAAGAAAAGGGAGGUAAUCCCGUGGUGUGUUCGAUGUUAGAAGCCCACAAACUCAUGCAACAUGGAUGUAAAGCGUACAUGGUGUACGCAUGCGAAUCGGAGAAAGAGUCACCGAAGAUUGGAGACGUACCGGUGGUACGAGAUUAUGAAGAUGUAUUUCCGGAGGAUCUACCGAGAAUACCGCCAGAACGGGAAGUGGAAUUCGAAAUCGAACUGAUUUCGGGUGCAAAACCGGUAGCUAAGGCGUCGUAUCGGCUCGCGCCAUCAGAGCUGCAAAAUUUAAUGUCGCAGAUACAAGACUUACUGGAUAAGGGAUUCAUACCGCCGAGUGUGUCCCCGUGGGGUGCACCGGUGUUGUUCAUGAAAAAGAAUGACGGGAGGAACAUCAUCAAUACUGACGGAAUACUAGUUGAUCCGUCCAAAAUAGAAGCUGUGUCAAAUCGGAAUUCUCCGAAUAAUCCUUCGAAAAUCAGAAGCUUCUUAGGGCUUGCCGGAUAUUAUCGGAGAUUCAUACAAGAUUUCUCCAAGAUCGCUUCGCCAUUGACCAAGUUAACUCGCAAGGAUGAAAGGUUUAUAUGGAGCGUUGAACAAGAAAGAGCUUUUCAAACGCUCAAGGAAAAGUUGACCCAUGCUCCGAUAUUAACCUUGUCGGACGGUGUCGAUGAUAUGGUGGUCUAUUCGGAUGCGUCGCAUUUUGGACUCGGGUGUGUCUUAAUGCAACGAGUCAAGGUUAUAGCAUACGCCUCGAGACAGUUGAAAGUUCAUGAAAAGAAAUACCCUACGCACGAUCUCGAAUUGGCGGCAGUGGUAUUCGCUUUAAAAAUUAGGAGGAACUAUUUGUAUGGGGUGAAGUGCACUAUAUUACCGACCCCAAGAGCCUGA